CGUUUCCAUAGACAACAAAAUUGUAGUAGAAUUAACAUGGAAGACACGAGUGAGUAUUCUUGUCCUCAUCAUCCUUGUGCAGCCUGCAAGAUCCUUCGUAGGAGAUGUGUGGAGAAAUGUGUGUUGGCACCUUACUUUCCCCCCACUCACCCACUCAAGUUCACCAUUGCUCAUAGAGUCUUUGGUGCUAGCAACAUCAUCAAAAUGCUACAGGAGCUUCCAGAGGAUCAAAGAGAAGAUGCAGUGAAUAGCAUGGUGUAUGAGGCGAAUGCAAGGAUUAGAGAUCCAGUAUAUGGUUGCGCCGCGAUAAUUUGUCAGCUUCAAAAACAAAUAAGUGAGCUUCAAGCAGAUCUUGUCAAGGCUCAAGUAGAGAUUAUGAAUGUUCAAAUACAAAAUACCAAUUUGGUGGCAUUAAUUUGCACAGAAAUGACACAAAAUCAAGAAAAUAAUGAUCAUCAACAAGCUUAUGGAAAUUCCAACACUUGUUUGGAAGACAACAAUUUAUAUGCACCUUGGAAAUCACUUUGGACAUGAUUAACAGAAUAUUGCAUAGUGAAGGCUGAUACCAUAUAUUAUAUUCUUGCAAAUACUGCAAAAUAAUGUUUGUUUUACUACUACCUUUUUCGACUUCAACUUGAAACAGGAAAUUUUGAAAUUGAAAUACUUGUUUGGGGUUU